GGGUACUUUGUAACAAUUUUUUCGUUCUCCAAACGCACAUUUUUAAGGCGGUUUUUGAAUAACGGUGUUAAAAUCUGUUGUUUGUGCUUUGUCUCCCACUUAAAAGCAGACUUGCAAACGAAUAUGUACCACAAAGGCAGCCUCCAUUGAGCGAGGUAGCAUGAGAGAGGGACCAAGACUGGGGCCAGAAAAGCAGCAGAAAAGCAAAAAUCAACAUGUAUUGCUUCAUUCGAAAAGCAGCAGUUGUUUGGAGAGGUUAUCGCUUGUGCUUUUUACCCGUUUCUGCUUUUUCGCAACAAGGGCGCGUUAUUCACAGAGCGGGUUCUCUGAAAAUAGAAAGCCCCAUCGAAAGAGAUCGCUAGUUGAUUAGGUCAUGAGCAGCACGGUCGGACUGCCCUACCGCUUUUCUGAUGAACGUACGGUAAAGUUCGUGGAGCUUUACGGGCGAGAACCUUGUCUAUGGAACAAACGGCCCUACUUAAGACGUGCUCGAAACGCCGCCUAUCGGCGAAUUCAGGCCGGGAUUAAUACCGAUAUCGAGCCCCACGAAACAUGUCUGACCAUCCAGGGUGUAAAGAUGAAGAUCAAGAAUCUUCGCACUGGAUAUCACCAGGAGCUGAAGAAGAUCCGAACCAUUCCGGGUUAUCAGCCUAAGACACCUUGGUUCGGACCACUCCACGGAUUCCUGGCUGAGUUUUUGGACACGAAUGACGUAGAUACCACGACCACUCCGCAACUAAGAAAACUACAGAUUCGUCUCACAAGACUUAAACCCAUAAAGAUACAGACGGAGAUCAAACCGGAUCCAGAUGAUAUAACUGCCGUUGAGAUGCCCCCUGCUUCCUUGUUCACUGUUCUUCCAGCACCCAUGCCCAUGGAUCAGCCACCUACUCCGCCUCCCUCACUGCCCAAGCUCCUUGAAGUAAACUCGACUCCACUUCCGGCUCCUGUUCAGAUGCCGCUUCCCAUAUCGACGGCCUGUUCCCUUUCCGAAAAGAGCGAGAUCUUGGGAGUCGGACUGGGACCGGUGGCUGCAAGAGGAGCUGGAGCUGGAGUGGGUGUUGGAUUGGGGGUCGGAAUGCGUGGCGAAGAUGAAUUCACUUACUUCGGCUUGAGCGUAGCUGCCCAAAUCCGCAAUAUGCCAUUGGCCAAUGCAAUGGUAAUGCAAUCUAAGAUCCAGUACAUGAUAUCCAUGGAGCGCCGAAAGAUUGGAGGCCACUCAAAUGAAGUAGAUAUGUUUAACUAAUCAGAGGAAUACAGAGUUGCAUUGCCCAGCAAAUAAUAUUCAUAUCUGCACCAACCAAAAAUCAAUCUGUAGAUAAUAUUCUAAGUUAAAUGUUUAUUUUUUAAACAUUUUUUUAUCUUAUGUUUAUAUUAUGCUUAGGAAAUUUAAAAAUGUGUUGAUUCAUGAGCUAAACAACAAAUUGUUAUUCAUAUUGUGGUCCUUAUCAGAAAUUACAGUGGGUCUUACUGAAUUUUCCGAAACUAACGCAAGGCACUAAUAUUUUUGAAAUUUUAUUGUCUGUCAAAGGAACGCAAAUAUAAACAUAUCAUUUUGAUUCUAAAUAUUUAUAUUUCAUCUUAAAAACUUUAUGAAAAGUUGAACAUAAGCAAAUAAAAGAUAU